AUGCGGCAGUGUACGCUGUGGCCGCAACUGGCUGCUCUUGUCUUGGCUUUGGGCCACGCUUUCGCCCAGGAAGCAGAUACCUUGAAAAACAAAAUAGGUUGGACGGAAGAAGAGCUUCUCAGGGACUUGACUCCGAUACCUACUGGAGUACCUCAGAAUGAUCCAUGGGCGUUGCCUCUGAUAGACGGUUGCCCACGGAACUGCGUCGAAGCAGGCCCCGAUUCAGCCAACUGGACGCAAUUAUAUGACCAAAACCAUCUAAGCUUGUGCAAGUAUCCUCUUCUUUUCGCAUUCAAUGUCCACAAUGGCCCCAGCAGAUACUCGACAAUUCGGGUAUGCGCCUUGAAUGGCGGCGACGGCAAGCGUUCAACCAGUGCAGUAGUUGUCCCGGAGAAAGAUGGUGAUGCUGCGCCGCCAGCUACUGGACUGCCAACUGCCUCGUUCUCGGAGUGUGGUGCGGGAGAGUCGACUACCAAGGCAACUGUCAAGGCCGGUUUCGAUGUUUUAUCUGAGAAUACCCGGUCUGACGCUAUGUCUGCCGCCAACUUUUUGAUUUCGCAUCUCAGCUCGAAUACGGCAUGCGGAAAUAUAAUUCUAUUUGCAAAGUUUGGCGUUGCGCUCGUCGGCCUCUAUGCGGGAGCCGAUUUGAAGAAGGAUCGAGCUGCUGAGCUUCUGCACAAAUAUUGUGGGAGUCUGGCUCUGGAAAUGUGUGACAAUGCCGCCAAAACUUCUACUACAAUUGGAAUUUUUGCAUCGGAAGGAAACGAUAUUGGUCGGGUACAAGAAGCUCUCAGAACAUGGGCCCUUGGUGAAUGCCUACCGAGCCAAGGAAUGCGGGUUGUUGAGAAGAGCGUGGAACUUGGAAUUCUGCAGUCAACUGCUCAGAGAAACGCCUCUAACUCUACUCAAGUUGAGGGCGAAAAGUCGCGCAGAAGCCUCGCCAAUUUACUGACUGCGAGAGGGGAGUGCAGAGCUAUACAAGUUGACAACGGCGAUAGCUGUGCCUCCCUCGCUUCAAAAUGUGGCAUUAGUGGAGCACAGUUCACUAAGUACAACUCGGAUUCUAAGCUACAUAUAUGUUCAACUCUGAUGAAGGGACGCUGGGUUUGUUGCUCCGGUGGUGACUUGCCGGACAAGCGACCCAAGAGACAAGCAGACGGAACAUGCUACACCUUGAAAGUUGACUCUGGCGACUCCUGUUGGGGAAUCACGACUAGCUACGGCAUCACAACGGACGAAUUGAACAAAUGGAAUAAGGAAACGUGGGGAUGGCAGGGUUGCGCUGGUCUGCAAAAAGACCAAAUCAUCUGUCUCUCGAGCGGCAACUCUCCUAUGCCGGCACCAGUAGAUGGCGUAACGUGUGGCCCCCAGAAGCCAGGCACGCGCAAGCCGUCUGGUUCCUUCACUGGGAAAGACCUCGCCAAACUAAACCCGUGUCCCUUGAACGCCUGUUGCUCGGGCUGGGGAUACUGCGGCACCACUGCUGAGUUUUGCACGGAAUCACUUGCUGAUACUGGUGCCCCUGGUACACACAAGCCCGGCACCAAUGGCUGCAUCUCCAACUGCAACAUGAAUAUUAUCAGAAGCCCUGAACCUGCGGCUUCGUUCCUCUCUAUAGGCUAUUUCGAAGGCUACGGUCUCACCAAGAUGUGUGACAGGGUCGACAUCCGGACCAUUGACCUGAAAAAGUACACUCACAUUCACUUUGCGUUUGCAACUGUGACUGCAAACACAUUCGACGUCAACAUGGGGCCAACACUAAAUCAAUUCUAUUAUUUCAAGCAACUGACCGGAGUCAAGAAGAUUUUAGCAUUUGGCGGGUGGACGUUUUCUACAGACCCGGCCACUUAUGGCAUCUUCCGUACAGGUGUUAGCCCGGCUCAUCGGCUACAGAUGGCACAGAACAUUGCAAAGUUCAUCAUUGACAACGAGUUGGAUGGCGUCGAUAUUGACUGGGAGUAUCCUGCCGCUCCCGAUCUCCCCGACAUUCCCGCCGGUGACCCUGCGGAGGGUAUUAACUAUCUCAAAUUCCUCAUCACUCUUAAACAACUUUUGCCCGCGGACAAGACGCUAUCGUUUGCGGCGCCGGCGUCGUUUUGGUACUUGAAAGGGUUUCCUAUCGCUCAGAUCAUGAAAGUUGUCGAUUAUGUUGUCUACAUGACAUAUGAUCUUCACGGGCAGUGGGACUAUGGCAACAAAUGGAGUACUCCUGGUUGCCCUGCUGGCAACUGCCUUCGGUCUCACGUCAACAUGACAGAGACUCUUAACGCACUCUCCAUGAUCACUAAAGCCGGCGCACCGUCCAACAAAAUUGCCGUCGGGGUUACCAGCUACGGCCGUUCGUUCAAAAUGGCUACACCAGGAUGCACUGGGCCAAUGUGCACUUACACAGGGCCAAAGUCUCAGGCCGCAAAAGGCCGCUGUACCGACACGGCGGGCUAUAUAUCCCAGAACGAGAUCGAUUAUAUUAUCAAGAACAACCCUUCUGCCACUAAAUUGUACGACGAUGCCAGUCUAAGUGAUAUUCUAAUAUAUGACGAGACAGAGUGGGUGGCAUACAUGAGCGCUGACAACAAGAAGAAGCGAAGACACCUAUACAGAGCUCUGAAUUUCCUGGGCACAAGUGACUGGGCAAUCAGCCUGGAUGGAACUGACCUAGUUAAGCCAGAGCCGUCAACUAUGAGCCCCGUCGGCCCUUCUCUUGCCCGCCCUGGAGUAAUGGACCUUCUCAUCCAUGACAGCUGCAAGAUCAAGGGCCGUCUGGAAAAGGUUCAGGAGGCUUGGUUCGAGGCAGGAGAUAUCAGCAAAGCUCCUUAUGAGUGGUCGCGCUGGAACAGGUAUCAAAAGGCCAUGGACAACUAUUUUGGAAAGAGGUCGGGCCAGGUGCCCAUUAUUGGAACUGAUAAACUCUGGGAAAACUUUAAAAGGCACUCUAGUCUUCACUUUGGGCGCUCCCUAUACGGUUUCAAAAUAAUGAACAUGUACACUUACAUUUUCUGCGACGAAGCAGAGCUGCCUAAAAAGGUUCACGAAGAUUAUAACGUUGUAUGCGUGAAUGCGAAAAAAGGAAACAAACACGUGGCUGCAGUGACCUACAGGUAUCCAGGCACAUGGUUCUGGUCAGAGUAUUAUAUUCUCCUGUGCCCCGGCUUUUUGGAUGAGCUACCAAACCAGCCCAAAUUUACGAGCCUCAAAGACCUUGCCUACGAAGCGGACAGCUUCCCUCUACUUCAACAACAGAUCAAUAGAUGGAGUUCCGGUGUCCGCGCCGUAACCAUGUACCAUGAAGUAGCUCAUUUCCAGGACGUUUCGGAUCCCGAGUGUGGCAAAAUCGAAUUUUACAACCCGCGAGAAAUUGUGGUCAAGGCCCGGAGCGGGUCAAGAAUAGAAUACGAAGAACUCUUACGAAAUGCGCACUCCUGGGCUCUAGCGGCUGUCUCUAUGUGGAUGAUGAAGCGUUGGCCGAACAUUGAUGUGCCACUACCCAGGAAUAUGAAGCCACAGAGCGAAGGCGACAACGACGAUGAUGAUGGAGCAUUUGCCGAUCACGUUGAUCCGGAUACUUCGUUUGAUGCGUCACGCGUGGAUCCCAGCAAGUUUACAUGGCUCAGCAGGCUCACAUCAACUGACAGAGAGCUUGGAUUGUAA